GACGUCCGCCCCGCGUGCCUGUAAGCCCGCCUUGUGCGGCAUAGCUCCGGUGCUCCUUUCUUCGCGCCGCGGCCCGACAACGAGAUCUUUUACGACCGCUGCCGGGCGCUGGCUGGGAAUCUUGAUCCUUGGUUUUUCUUUGUUGGCUGCAGGGCAGCCAGAGCAGGGCCACACCGACUUCGCCUCUUUGGUUGGACCAUUGGGACGAGUCUUCCUUGUCGGUGCUUGGGGUCUUCAAUCUCUGAGUUGGAAGCAGGUUGAGUGGAGAGUUGGUGCCAGGGCUUUCUGCCCCGCACCAGCGAGCACUGGAGCCUGCCUUCGGGAGAUCCAGACCGACGAGGCGGACAUGGCAACGCCAGCUGAGAUGGCGCAGGCAGCUUCGGCUGCACAGGGUGCAGCGGCCCAACAGGAGGCCGUGGUCCAGCACAUUGCCGCCACGACGGCGGAACAGGUGGCAGCCAAUGCCACGCAGCAACGGCGAAGCGAGCAGCUUGCUCGACUGGUGCAGCGGCCCGAUAUAUAUAAGCCUGAGACCCGGGACCAGGAGACAGACCAGUGGGUGGAUUGGAGGUUUGCCUUCGUCUCCUACUUGGGGGUCAUCGACAGCAAGUUCGUGGAGGAGCUUGAGUGGGUCGAGGCCCAGUCCAGCGAGGAGAAGCUCAUGGAGAAGAUGGACAGCGACACGCAGAUGCGUUCUCGCGAGCUCUACGCCAUCCUCCUGAGCUUCGUCAGGAACCGGCCAGCCAAGAUGGUGCGCGCCGUCACGCGCAGCAAUGGCUACGAGGCAUGGCGGCAGCUGCUUGUUGAGAUGAUGCCCAGCAGCAGGCAACGGCAGCUUGCUCUGGCCUCGCAGUUGACGGCGACGAGGCUGGACCCGAAGAGGCCCAUCAACGAGCAGGUCGGGCGCUACGAGGAGCUCAUCCGGGAGUAUGAGCGAGUGUCUGGGAGCAAGUACUCUGAGGACCUGCGCAUCUCCACUUUGGUGGCUGCUGCGCCCCCGGCACUCCAGGCUCAGUUGCACAUGGCGCUUGGGCCCACGACCAGCUACCAGGAGGUCCGAGACAAGAUCCUCCUGUAUGAGAGGUCGACUGCAAGGUGGCACGCAACCUCGAGCCUUGCCAUGCCUUCCCUUCAGGACAGCAACGGCCCAGCUCCAAUGGAAGUCGACCGCGUGGAGAAGGGCAAGAACGGGAAGGGCAAGGGCAAGAAGGGCAAGGUCUAUGAUAUGGCCGACGACGAGGAGGAGCUUGACAUCACCUACUCGGUGCGCGCCGUAACCUUUCUAAAGUAUAAGUGCAAAGGCCCCGCUGCCGAGAACGAGGCCCAGGACGGCAAGCAGUGCGAGAUCAUCCUGGAUUCGGGGGCAGAUGCCUCGAUGGUGCCCCGCUACCUCCUUAGGGAGAAGUGCGUGGUGGGACCAGUGCGGAGUCCUUUGUUGGCUGUUGGGAAGCUGCUUCGUCGGGGGUGGCAGCUUCGGCACGGAAGCGACGAUGGCCAGAAGCAGCUGCAUCUGGAGGAGCCCUUCGGCAGGAAGACGGCGGUGGGCUAUAGGAACCACAGCCUGGUGGUUAAAGGCCACAUUCGGGCGCUCACCGAGAUCCCUCGCUCCUUGCCGCCCCGCGUGCCGAAGAUAGACCUCCCCGCCGAGAUCCUCGAGAAGGUCGGGCAGGAAGGCAUGCAUGAGCUGCCCAACGGCUGGAAGAUGCACUUCAGCGAGGCUGCGACUCUAUUUCUUGAUGGCCGGGACUGGUAUGAUGCUGAUUACUGGUGCUGUCGCACCACUUUUCUUCAGAGCGAAGGGGGCCGAUGGCUCCAAGUGGAGAACAGCGCGGACUACAGCUACGAAGCAAACCCCUUCGGCCGCGUGUCGCAUGUCCCGGUUGCCCGGAUCACGCUCUUCAACAUGACCCCGUUUGAUGUUAGCUGCUUCCCCGACGGCCUCGACCCUAAGGAGUCCGAGCGGUUCAACUACGAGCCUUCCCCGGACCUCUUGCCGGACCCGAACAAUGGAGAAGGCGAAGCCGCACAGGGAGCAGCAGGACCAGAGCCAGCCAAAGCGAGUGCAGCCAAAGACCCCGAGGAUGACGAGACGAUGGGCGCACCCCCAGCAGGCCUCACCCAGGAGGAGCUGGAGGCCUAUGUGGGAACAUGGGCGGCCAAGGCCGUUCAAGACGACAUGGUGCGCGAGCCCACGAGCCUCAUUGCGGUGGACUUGCAGACUCGCAUGGUGCUCUCUGUGCCGGGUCCCGACAAAGGGCCUGGCAUGCUGCGCCAAGCGGCCGAAGAGCUCACUAGGUUUACGGUGAGCCUGCAUGGAGAGGAGACCAUCACCAUGCAGUCGGACGGCGAGCCGGCAGUGAAGGCGCUGGUUCGCAGCACGGCCGCGGCUAGGCAGAGACUUGGACGGCGCACCCACCAGCGCACCACUCCAGUGGGUGUGCAUGAGGCCAAUGGAGCCGCCGAGAGAGCAAUCCAGACGGUCAGGCGGCUUGGGAACACCUUUGUGGAAGCAUUUGAGGUCAAGCGUGGCAAGCUCAGUGUGGGCAGCCAUCUUCGAGUUUGGGUGCAAGGCCACGCGGCAUUUAUAUACAACCGUUUCCACCUGCUCCCUGGCCUCAACAAGACGCCUUUCGAACUGGCGUAUGGUGGCAAGGUGUUCGACCAGAAGCUUUGCGAGUUUGGCGAAGUCGUCUAUGGCAGGGUCAUUCGCAAAUAUAAGGGCGAGGCGCAAUGGCUCAAAGGAGUUUGGUGCGGCAUCAACCCGCACAACGGAGCGCACCGCCUCAUGAGCACCUUUGGCCACUUGGAGUGCAAUGCGGUGAGGCGAGGCACGGCGGAGAUCCAGAUGACGGCCGCCGAGAUAGAGUCAGCUAUGUUUGGGUUGCCGUGGGAGCACGGCGUGGUGGAGAAGCGACGCCAGGCCAGACGGAGAGCCCAGCCGCAGGCGGUUGGAGUGCCUGUUCUUUCUGAUCCUAGUUCUUUGCUUGCACCGCCUACCCCAGCUACACCAAGGGCCGCGUCGACGGGAAUUCCCGCUACUCCUGCGCUCUCUCUCGGAGCGCCCGCCACGCCAGCUGGCCAAGGAGCACAAGCUAGCGCUGGUUAUCAAGAAGGGCCAGGUGACGAGGCAGCCAGCGACCCCACGAGCAGCAGCAGUUCCGAGGAUGAGCUUCUAGCGGCCGCGGAUGCAAGCCCCACGGGCAUGAAGCGCAAAGCCGAGGACAGCACCGCGCCCGCCACAGCAGCAAGGCCGAAGAGCGAGCCAACCAAAGGCGAGAAGCGGAAGCCAGAUGACAGCCCAAGGGCCAGUGGAGGAGACGAUGGGCCCACCAUUAGGGCCAUCGAGACGGUCGAUGCUGAAUGGCACGACGCCGUGGACUAUGACUCCGUUAUGGUCUCGGAGGUCGACCGGGACUUUGAGGACCCCGAGCCGGACGACCUUCCCCCCAGUCUUCCGCAGGAGACCGUCGAUGAGCUGGACGAGGCCGCCGAGAUUGAGGAGAUCGAGCGCCUUGAGAAGAUGGGCGUUCUGCUUCCGGACGAGGGCGAGGAAGCAGAGCAUCUUUCCACCACCUUUGCUAAGGUUUGGAAGAAGGGCGAACAGGGAUGGUUCAGAAGGGCCCGGCUUGUCGCUAGGCAAUACAAGUGGGCCACCCAAAUGGAUGAUGAUGAGACGUUCGCCCCGGCUUCUGUGGCCCCCCUGGGCCGGCUCAUCCCCAUGAUGGCGAUGAGCCGGGGUACUCCAGUGUAUGUUCUUGACGUGAAAGAUGCAUAUUUGACGGUGGACCAACCACCCGAGGAGCCUGUGACGAUCACCUCGCCAGCCUCGUGGUACAAGAGACAUGGGGAGCACAAGCGGUGGAAGCUGGGAAAGGUGCUCCCAGGUCAAAGGCGAGGAGCCCAAGAGUGGUUCAUGAAGUUCAACCGCGACCUCGUUGCCAACAAGCUGGAGUCCAUGGUGGAGGUGCCCACUCUUUAUCGGUCUUUGGAGGACCGGUUCGGGGCCCAGCUGCACGUGGAUGAUAUGUUGUCCACAGGCGACGACUCCGUAGUUGCCCCGCUGCACAAUGACCUCGAGAGCAAGUACACAGUCAAGAUCGCGGGCCCCUACGGUGAGCCUGGAGAUGAGUUUGAGUUCCUCAAGAGGCGCUACUUGGUCGAGGCCGACAGGAGCAUCACGGUGCGGCCGGUGUUGGAGCACCUGGCUGGGUACCUUUGGGGCACCCAGGGCUACGGCAUCAACCUCAGCAUGCGUAAGGGGGAGUCGAUCCUUCGUUGUGAGGGCGAGCCCUCGAGCCAGGAAGGCCGGUCGAGUCCAGGCCACCUCGUGGAGGCAGUCUCUGACUCGAACUUUGCCAACGACCGGACCACCCGCAAGAGCUUGAGUGCAGGCCAGAUCUAUGUUGACAGAGCCUUGGCUUUCUCCUUUGUCAGAGCCCAAAAGGUGGUGACCACAAGCUCUGGAGAGGCAGAGCUGGUGGCGUUGACACAGACAGUUGGGGAGGCCAUUCUGGUGAGAAAAGCAGUGGCUUUCUUGGAAGGCCAAAGGCCCGAGGAAGUCAACCUGGUGGCGCGCACGGACAGCUCAGUUGCCAGGGCCAUUGCUUCUCGCAGUGGCGUUGGCCGGGUGAAGCACCUAGCCACUUCCUGUCUUUGGUUGCAAGGCUGGGUGGCACGCAAGGAGCUGCGAGUGGCAGCCAUACCGACAGAGAUCAACCCCGCAGAUGUUGGAACAAAAGUUUUGUCGGCCAAGAGGUUGCUGCUCUUACUGUUUAUCCUUGGCAUGGUCACAGAUAAUGGUGAGCAAGUCGGGCAGCAAGAGUACAGUGAACGCCGCGAGCG